AUGAAGGUGGCAGUUCUGUGUUUAUGCUUUAUCAGCAUCACCACUGCGUGGCCAGUGAGUAAAUCCAAGCAGCACGCCAUUUCUGCCAGCUCCGAAGAAAAACAUGAUGCCAGGGGCCAUCACUCACACAGAUAUCACCACCAGCAUGUGAAUUCUCAGUCUUGGGAGAGUCUGCAGCACACAGAGAAUGACCUGGCAUCACCUCAGCAGACUCUUUACUCUUCUGAAGAGAGCGUGGAUGUCCCAGCAAAACUGCACUUUGCUGAUGUGUCAAGCAAGAGCCAUGAAGAUGUGGAUGAUGACGAUGAUGACAAUGAUUCUAAUGACACAGAUGAAUCCGAAGAGGUUGUCACGAGUUUUCCCACAGACAUUCCAGUAACUGUACCAUUCCCUCCCUUCACCCGGGGAGACAACAUCGGCAGAGGCGACAGCGUGGCCUACAGGGUGAGGGCGAAAGCGACAAUGGUGUCUAGCAAACUCCGCAAAGCUGCAAAAAAGCUCAUUGCGCAUGAUGCCACCGAGGAGGAUGAGGGCGCCCUGGAUGCAGACAGCCAGCAAGUGGGGCUGGCCCAGGAGGAUCUUGCUGCCCCCCGCUCCCUGGGGAAGCAUGCCAUCAGCAGGGAAUGGGCUGACAAGAGUCACAGGCAGGACAGCAGUGAGCUGGACAGCAAGCAGCGUGACCAGAGCUUGGAAAAUGACAGCCGACAAAAAUUCGAUAGCCAUGAGGCGGGAGAUGAUAGCAAGGCUGGUGUCAGAGGGGAUAGUCACCAGAGCAUUGAAAGCAGGGAAAGUCAGGUCCACAUUUCAGCUGAGUUCCCCGACGAUAACAGCAAUCAAACGGUGGAGAGUGCUGAGGAUGCUCGAGAUCACCACAGCAUCGAAAACAACGAAGUCACCCUUUAA